UCACUGCCCACAACCUGGAGAUACUCCUAACCGGUUUUUACCUUUUGCUGGCUUCCUGUGCUAACUGCAUCCUACACGUAUCUCUAACGUAUUAAUAAUUGCGAUUAACUAGCCGCAUACAUCAUUUGUGCAACGGAGCUCGAUCGCUUUGCAUUCAUUCAGAUUUGCUCCAAUACAAUACUGUGCAAUGAAGCUGUACGCGGUAUCUGAUGGUCCACCAUCGCUGGCUGUUCGGAUGGCACUCGAAGCGCUCAAUAUUCCUUACGACCACAUAAGCGUGGAUUACGGCAAAGCGGAACAUCUUACGGAGGAUUACGAAAAGAUGAAUCCGCAAAAGGAGAUUCCAGUGCUGGAUGAUGAUGGAUUCUUUUUAAGCGAGAGUAAUGCGAUCCUGCAGUAUCUCUGCGAAAAGUAUGCCCCAACGAGCGAGCUGUACCCGAAGGAUCCGAAGGAACGUGCCUUGGUUAACCAUCGGCUUUGCUUUAAUUUGGCCUUUCUCUAUCCGCAAAUUUCGGCCUACGUUAUGGCACCGAUCUUUUUCGACUACGAGCGCACGGAUAUGGGCUUAAAGAAGUUGAACAUGGCAUUGGCUGCGUUUGAGACGUAUCUGAAGCGUACCGGUACGAAGUACGUCGCCGGCAACGGGCUUACCAUUGCCGAUUUCCCGCUCGUAACGUCCGUCAUGUGUUUGGAAGCGAUCGCGUUCAAUUUGGGCGAAAAUUACCCCACUGUUCAGCAGUGGUAUACGGGUUUCAAGCAAGCUCACGCUAACCUGUGGGCCAUCGCUGCGAAGGGAAUGGAAGAGAUAGCCGAAUUCGAGAAGAACCCACCCGAUCUAUCCGGAAUGGUUCACCCGAUCCAUCCGAUUCGCAAGGUCGGAGCAAAAUAAAAAUACGGCAACAGGUUACGCUUUGCUAACAAGAUGCAUUUUUCUCAAUAAACUUCGUCUAACCGACAAGCAUUACAUUAA